AUGGAAGGACUCAGCAUUUCUGCCGUCGGCGUUCGCCGCACUUCGUCGUCGUCGCACGGGUCUGUGGGCCGCUCCAGCACCACCGGUUCUUCCUCCCGCCAAGGCUCAUCCAAGCACGUCAACGACUCGAGUCGGUACAAGUUGUCUGAAGGGUGCUCCGCCAGCGACGAGAACAACGACAUCGAGGAAGGAAAGUACCCCGAGCCGACCAAGAUGCACCGCCCCAAGGAGUGGUCGCCCGAGGUGGAAGAAGCCUUCCGCAUCCAACAGACAGGUUGGCGCGAUAUCAACGACUACAAGAACAAAUACGGCGAACCCGAGCGAUGGGAGAACGGAUUCAUUCGAUGCACGCGGGUCAAGGCCAGCGGGUAUUACACGUACUGGCGCAACACGCGAGAAUGCGAAGACAAGCACUUGAGCAAAGUCAAGGUGUUCGAGUACUAA